AUGCCUGAUGUUUCCCUUUUCGAGGAGGCUAUCGAAGGCCUGAAAAACGGCGUCUAUCCUGCUCUGGGCGUCACCAUCGGCCCCUACCAGGUCGAGCCCGGCGCGCACAUCGCCAAAGCAGACGCCCCAUACAUCUCAUGGAACGCGCUGAGUCCCGCCCUCCAUUGGGCUCAACCUGGCUUGCGCAUCGAGCUACCGGGGCGCGAGUUAAAGAGCAGCGUCCCUUUUAUCGCAGAAUACACCGGGGCUGGCCCGCCGCCCGGUGCAGCACCGCAUCGCUAUGUCUUCCUGCUCUAUAGCCAGAAGCCGGGCUCAGCUGUUCCGAAUCAGAAUUCGGUGGGCGUCCUCUCACGCAUGAGAUUUGAUAUUGAGGGUUUCAAGAAAAAGCUCGGGUUGGAGCGGAUUGAGGCGGUCAAUCACUUCUCUUCGAGCUAA